AUGGCUUCACAACAGCCUUUCACUGCAGAUGACUUCGGUAUCUACUGUGUCCUCACAGAGUGCACAGAUCACUAUGACCCCUUUCCAGUUAAUGAGGCUGAUGAGAACCAGCCCCAUUUCCAGGGAGUGACUGGUCUGCAGAACCUGGGCAACACAUGCUACAUGAAUGCCAUCUUACAGUGUCUCUGCAGCAUCUCACCGCUGGUGGAAUACUUUCUCUCUGGAAAGUACAUUACCGCUCUUCAAAAGGAUUGCAGUGAGGUUGCCACUGCUUUUGCCUACGUGAUGACAGACAUGUGGCUUGGAGACUCUGACUGUGUCUCACCAGAAAUAUUUUGGUCAGCUUUUGGCAAACUCUACCCAGCAUUUAUGAAAAAGACGCAGCAAGAUGCUCAGGAAUUCUUGAUUUAUGUCCUGAAUGAACUUCAUGAAACUCUGAAAAAGUACCACCGAAGAAGAUCAUAUGAAAAAAGAUCUAUUCCGAGAUCCUGCAGGAAGAUGAUUGCCAACGAGUCCUCCAUCAUCACCCGGCUGUUUGAAGGGCAGCUCAAUUAUAGCAUCAUAUGUUUAAAGUGUGAGAACUGUACCUACAAGAAUGAAGUCUUCACCGUCCUCUCCCUCCCCAUUCCAUCCAAAUACGAGUGCUCUCUUCAGGACUGUCUCCAGUGUUUUUUUCAACAAGACACACUGGCCUGGGACAACCAAAUUUACUGUUCCUUUUGCGAAACCAAGCAAGAAACAGCUGUGAAGGCCAAUAUUUCUAAAGCACCAAAAAUAAUUGUCUUUCACUUAAAAAGGUUUGACAUUCUGGGUACAAUGAAAAGGAAACUGAGGACAGAUAUUCAUUACCCGCUCACUAACUUGGACCUUACUCCUUACAUUUGUCCAAUUUUUCGGAAACAUCCUAAAUAUAACCUCUGUGCAGUGGUGAACCACUCUGGUGAUCUGGAUGGUGGCCACUACACUGCUUUCUGCAAAAACUCAGUGACUCACGCCUGGUAUAACUUUGAUGACACACGAGUCAGUGAGAUUCCAGAUACUUCAGUUCAAACUGCUACAGCAUAUCUCCUGUUCUAUAGCUGCCAGCCCUUUUCUAUACCUAUACAAAAACGCAAGAGUUAGGAAAAUGGUGUUUCCUGAAAAUUGCAAAACUAGCAAUUAGAACCUGGUACUUAAGUUUUGCUUUGUCAUUAAAACUCUUGCAACUUACUUGCGUCACUGACAUUUUUAAGUCUUUCUGGAAUGUUACGCAACCUUCACAAGGUAAGUCUAUAAAAAGAUGGGUCCUGGCCCACUGAAAAAGGCAGCAUGAAAAUGAUGCAAUGCUAACGAAUGGGGACCUUCAAAGCAAUCAGAUUAUAAGUAUUAUGUUCAGGUUUCAAAGUACAGUGUUUAUUAGUGUGUAUUAUUUUUAUCAUAAACUAUCUCAUAAUAAUUAUAUAUAUCCAACAAAUUAUUUUCCAAAGAUACUUCAUGGAGCUAAACCAAAAUAACUUUUGUUCAAGUGGCUCUGUGAGGUUAGGAAUGUGAUUUGAAAAUAUUUAAUUGUUCAGAUAAUUUAGGCAAGAAACUAUAAUCUCUCAGACUAAUUGUAGAACAUGAAAAGUUGUCAGUUUCACAAUUCAACACCUUCCUUUCAUCUUCUUCCUGAGUGUCCACUAAUGGUGACAUCUUUCAGAAGCACCUUUAGAAUCUUGUUUUUAUAUUUACAUAUUGACUUUACCUAUAACAACCAAGUCCCUGAGGUAAAUGAUAAAUUCUAAGCUCCUCUAUCCCUUUUAAUACAUCACUUUGUAAAGAUGUGGUUUAUAAUGCAGUUCACUUUGCAGUCAUGUCUGACUCAUCUCUUUUUAUCUUAAUCCUAAGAAUUCUACUACUCUUGAUAGAAUGAGUCUGGGCAUUAAGUUAUUUGUAUUUUACUCUGACUCCCAACUCUGAGCGCAUCAUAAGUGCUAUGUGCAGUUCAGGGUCAAGGUAAAGGAUGAGUGGAAUCAAGUGAUGCAAAGGAAUAAGUGUACUAAAUUUUAAGUCAUUGUAGUGGUAUAAAGAGUGUAUGUAUAAAAUCUGUAAUUCUACUGUUCUAUGUUUAAUAAUAUAAAAUUAAAGACAGAACACUUACAGGGUUUUAAAUUAUUUUUCUCAUUAAGAUUUUAAUGUAGGUGUAAAUGAAAAUUCUCAUUUAAAAAAUUAAAGAAAAGUUUCCAUUUAUUUUUUUAGAAUAAAGAUUUAGUGCACAAAUACAGCCCAAAGCCAACAGAAAAAUAGCUUUGCCCUGUCAUUUGCCUAAGAAAGCACUGCAAUUACUCAGAAUAGGCCAAAAGGAAAGAAAAAAAAAAAGCAAUCCUCUGAGUUCUAGGCUUCACAAAAGGACCACAUCUUAUACUAUGUACAUCGAUUUGAUGUGCAAGUGUGCAAUAAAUAUAUACACAUACAUUCCUAUCUGUUUUACAUCAUUCUAGAGUAUUCAUAGAUCAAGCUGGGAUUCAGAAAUGUGAAAAGGCCAUAACAGUAAAAAGGAAAAUAAAGGAUACAAUGGUUUUUAGACCAGUAGAAUAAUUAUGCUUAGCUAAUUAUUUUAACUUUGGAGCAAACUAAAAAAGUUGUUUUGUUUUGAAAUAAAUGGUACCUGUAAGGAAUGCUUACUGCAAUACUCGUUAAAUGUGCUUGGUCAGUUGUUUGAUAAUAGCACUGACCUGAAGUAUAUGGUAUAGUAACACAACUCUCACUGUCCUAGAAUUCCUUUAAAUGGCCAGCUAUAGCUAUCCAGAAUCUUUAAGCAUUUCAAGAAUUGUGUUGCUCAGCCUGUUAAAAGAUAACUAGCUUAUAACCUACUUCUCCUUAUGUGGCUACAUCAGUUACUCGUGGUCCCAAUGACGUAUAAAAGAGGAUAUAAGCUGCUGAAGAUUUCACAGAAGAAACGGAAAUAUCAGAAACUUCAUGAUCAUCAAAUUUAAACCACCGCUGUCUUGCUGCAUUUUUACAAUAGGCAGUGUAGUGGCCUCCAUCCAGCCCACCAUAGUGAUUCUGUGCCAAACAAGACAGAAAAUCAAAUCAAAUUGAAUUAUUUAAAAUAUGUCAAUAAUUUCAAAGACUUAUGUUGCUCUUACUUUCCUAUGAGGUAAGGAACCACUUGAAACUGGGUUUUUUAGUUUCCUUCUAAAGAAACUGUAUUUAGUUUAAUGAGAUACUUACCGAAACAGAAAACAAGUUAUAUUUCCUCAAAUUGUUCUUUGGACCAAUAACAUACUGUGACAAGUCAAGAUUUUCUAAUGGGAAGUCCACAGAUGUCUGUAAUUUUUGCUUCCAUCUGCCAUCAUAGGAAAAACUGUAGAGCAUAACAUUACAGCAAUUACACUGACAGACCAAAGACAUCAGAAUGAACCCUAAUUCAUUCAUUAACAGUCCAGAUUUUUAGACAGGACCAUAAAAUCCAUUUCAAACACACAAUCAGAAUUUUAAUAGUGGAGGGACCUGUUAAAGACACCUGGUUUGGGACUUCCCUGGUGGUCCAGAGGUUAAGACUCAGCGCUUCCAAUGUACGGGGCGUGGGAUCGAUCCCUGGUUGGGGAACUAAGAUCCCACAUGCUGCAUGGUGCAGCCAAAAAAGAAAAAAAGAAGAGAAAAAAAGAAGAAGAAAAAGAUAACGUAAGUCCCCUACAUACGAAUCUUCAAAUUGUGAACUUCCAAAGACGUGAAUGUGCCCGCGUAUGCCAGCUGUUGUACUGUACUACUAUACUU